GUUUUUCGUUAUUUUUUUUCACCCAUUUGUUAAUUUAGAUUUUUAGAAAAUUUCUAUUGAAUUAAAAAAUAGUCAUUAUGUUAAGUACUUACCUCUAAUUUAUGCAUUUAAUUUUAUGUUUACUAAGGAAAGACCUACCUACAUUAUCAACCCUACCAAGUUUUACCCUUGACAUUAUGAAAAUAGGGGUGGCGACGCAAGGAAAUGGGGUCACCAUAGCAACAACUUUGUGGUUUUAUCAAUCGUAUUCCGUAUUUCCCUCAACGUGCACAUCGUUCCGACUUUAGAUUGUUACUGUACUUUGAUUUUUUUAUUUAGUUUUAAAUUGAAAAUCAUGAGUAAGGAAGUAGUAGAUCCUCAGAAGCAGCCGAUAGCUCGGUUGCGUUUACCCACACAGACUUUAAUAUGUGUGCCUCCAAAUGCUCCGAAGUUCACCCUUGAAGAGUGGCAGCUCAGCAACUUGCAACGAAUGAAGAACACAGUGAACCAGCAGCACCUCGCUGACCUCAUCAUCAAAGAGAGCGGACGUCUCCGAGAAGAAACAAAAGAAAGAACAGACACCCUCAAGGCCACCUCUGACCGACGGAUUGAGGAACGUAUUAACGAUGUCGAGUUCAACAGAAGUGAACUGCAAAAACAAAGGAAGGCUAUAUGUAUCGAGCUGGAAGCUCUCAGUGUCUACAAACAACGUUUACAGGAUUGCCUUACGUCUUUGGAGGAAAAUGCUCUGAACGUGUGCCGCAAAUGCCUUAUGAUUCGAGACGGAAGAAUUGGUAUCGAUUUAGUCGUCGAUCCAGUUGAAGAGGCUUUGCAAGAAGAAGUGACGACUAUUCUUGGUGCUCAGAGUUUACUGCAGCGCGCUUUAGAUCAACUUCUUGAACAAAUGAGACGCCUGCGAGCCACCAGAUUCCUUCUAGACCAAGAUCUUGAGUUGAAACAGCGGGCUAUUGAACUGGAUAAAGCAUCUCUAUGGUUGAAACCAACUGAUUCUAGCCUCUUGAAUUACGAUAGCUACUCCGAUUUUGAUCCUUCAAAUAUUUCAACUGAAGAAUACACCACCUUUUCAUCUAAAAACAUUCAGCAAGCCGCGAAAGAAGUGCAUUUAUCUCGACCAAUUCGAGUGUACAUAGACACAAUGCUCAAACAGGUGAUUGACGAUCUUCAAGCUGCAUACAACAAGUGUAACUACGAGUUUGCAGAGCGGAUUACUGCAACAAAAGUGACUAAGUUGAAACUUGAAGAUAUGCACAGGGAAACUAGCGAGAAGAUUAUGGCAAUGCAGGACAAUAUCCAGCUGUUGAAGAAAGCUGUGGAUGAUAAGGAAGGGAAUGCGGCUUUAGCGCUAACGAGACUUGGUAUACGAGCACAGAGGGUCGGCAGUGAGCUGGUCAGAGACGCUCCAGGAGAAUCCCUGUAUCAUGAGAGCGUCAUGUUACGUCAUAGUUCGCAGCAACUAAGGCAGAUGUUGCAAGAAGCGUCGGCCUCUCUGAGAUACUUGCUGCAAUCGAGACUUCAGCUUGAAGAGGAUAUCAAUGUCAAAAUGAACUCUUUGAAAAUAGAUGAAGUGGAUUGUAUGACAUUGAGGGCUACGCUAGACUAUAACAGUUAUUGAUUGUGUGUGUUUUCCCGUGUUUAAGUAUCUAACAAUAUACUUAAGGCCAACGUUAAUUUAGA